UCCGUGGAGACUGCGGAGCCUGCGGAAGGCGGCGGCGACGGCUGUGGCACCUGCUAACAGAGGCUGGGUUACGGGACGGUGGCGCCCACUGCGCUGUGAGAGUGGAGCGGCGACGGGGUCCACCAUGUGCCGGUGGCCCUGACAUGGGCGCCAGCGGCUCCAAAGCUCGGGGCCUGUGGCCCUUCGCCUCGGCGGCGGGGGCUAGCAGCCCAGAGGCGGCGGCCGCUGAACAGGCUUUGGUGCGGCCUCGAGGUCGAGCCGUGCCCCCCUUUGUAUUCACGCGCCGCGGCUCCAUGUUCUAUGACGAGGAUGGGGAUCUGGCUCACGAGUUCUAUGAGGAGACAAUCGUCACCAAGAACGGGCAGAAGCGGGCCAAGCUGAGGCGGGUACAUAAGAAUCUAAUUCCUCAGGGCAUCGUGAAGCUGGAUCCCCCCCGCAUCCACGUGGAUUUCCCUGUGAUCCUCUAUGAGGUGUGAGCCUGGGAGGUGGCAGACACAAGCACCCACUGCCCCAGCAAAAAAAACCCAAGCUCAAGGUGUGGAUUCCAUUGAGGAGUCCAGGCUGGGGCCACAAUCCAGAAUAAACUCCAUUGGCC